UUAAAAACCUAAUUAAACCCAUGUCUAAAGUCGGUCUAUCUGGAGUCAGAAUAAGAGCAAUUAACAGAUGGAUUAUGGGAUUAUUGCCCGGAAAGCCAGGGCCCUGCAAAUGCGGGAUACACAAGCUUUCGCGGAUUAUGGAUAUGGUUAAUUACCCAUGGGUGCAACAGAAAAUACCCGGACUUUGCGAUAAAUACGCGAAGGGACAUUAUACGGAAAACUCCUCACUCGCCUUAAAUGAGUGGGCAAAGAAGGUGGACUACGCUUUGGCCUUAACGGUAGGCCGGCCCAAUUAUUCAACCAUACACAGGUUAGCACUAAAGCAAUAGCCUGAUAAAACUCGCGGCGGUGCAAGACAUGAUUGAUAGCUAUACUAGACGUCCAAUAAUAUAGUGAAAGAUAAAACCCAGCUGUAAAUGGUCUGAUGACUAGAGUAGAAACUUCCUGGAUCUGGAUGCUGAAAAGAAGGCACUUCUCUUAAUUGCAUGUAAUCCUCCCUUGGGAGUGAAAUGUAGUCCGUCUUAUAAGGGCUGGAUGGAAAGAAGAAAGAAAAUGGAGAAAGAAGCUGCUAGCCCUUGUGAAUAGUCCAGGGCAGUUUUAGUAACUGCUGGCUGGUACUUUUUGAAUGGGAUCCCGGUGAUAGCGCACUUAACACCUGGAAUAACCAUGGAAGUAGCCCAUAAUAACCAAUUGUACUACGUGAUUGUUUGAUCCAAGAGAAAAGUCUAUUUCUUGAUUCUUUAAUAAUGGAAUUAGUGGACCCCUGGA